AUGAGAGACCAUUGCCACAUCGCCCAGUUCCACAUGGUUUCUGUACAGGCAAAGGUCAUCAGCAUGUGGACUUUGGUUCUUGGAGGAGCAUUCAAAACUGUCAGUUCUGCAUAUCAGACAUCUUCCAAUGCCAGUAUGCGCAUAGCUGGAUCUUCUACAUUAUUGGCUCAGUCUGCAGAAAAAAGGAGAAUUGCUGAAGAGCUUGAAAGUCACUUUACAGGACAUCGGUCAGGACUAGAAGCUUUGCAGAAUGAAAUGGCAUACUCUCCAAAUUUGACUCCUGUCAUUAAUAAGAUUUGCAGUGGUAUUAGAUCAGAGAUCUGCACCCCUGGGGAAUGUGUUGGAGAAUUAUGCCUCCAGCAGAACACAACAGAAUGUGGUCCUGGCCUGAGCUGCAGAGGGAUCCUUUCACUUUCUGGCAACUCCAUUCAAACUGCCCAGAAAACCACUCAAGAGAUCCGCAGCUUGAGUGUCCGACUUCAGGAAACUACACAGUUGGCAAGUGAAAUUAGCACUCUAUGUAGCACAUCAAAUGUAGUGGUGAUUGAUGAAAAGGAUGUAGCUGUACACAGUUAUGGACACAUGUUGGUUUAUGACACAGUUAGUGAUGCAGACCACAAUUCAGUUCAGUAA